AGACUGCGGAGUUUCGGGCACCUCAGCCAUGGCACAACUAGAAUAAAACAACUGCAAAAAAAAACAAUUAAAAAACCCACAGCAAAACACGGGGAGUCAGCCCGCCUCACCUCCAGCUCACCGAGUGGCGAGCUCUUCGCUCUCAAUCCCUCUUCAAAACCCACUUAUCAUCUCAACGCCGAACCGCCUGGGAUUUGGAGAGAUCGGUCGGAUUAUUGGAAGGACGUGAACCGAAUGUUUAACACUUAACUGAGGCAGAAAACAAAACGCCUGGCAGCCAACACAUCUCGUGAAGUUUCACAGCUUCGCCCAACUUAGGUGCCAACCCGGUGUAAGUGGAGAGAGGAUGGAGACUGCGGCAAGCAGAACAGCGGGCAUUUCACACUGGGGAAAUUAACAGGGCUUCGACGUUGACCUUGAGGUCCAGGGAAGAGUCAGUGUUGGUCCUCAGGAAACACUGCCGUCUUAAACAAAACACAACAACAUUGAUUUCCUUCAAUAGACCAACAAUGUGCACCGAGGUUUUCCAAUACCGAGCUCUGUUUGAGUACAAGAAGGAGAGAGAGAACGACAUCAACCUCUUACCGGGUGACAUGCUCACCGUUAACAAGUCGGUGCUGCUGACCACCAACUAUCAGGAGGGGGAUGAGAAAACUCCCAAAGGAUGGCUAAACGGAGUGAACGAAAGAAACAAAGACAAAGGGGAUUUCCCUGGAACAUAUGUUGAGUUUGUUGGUCCGAUCCGAUUUGUGCCUCCAACUUCCAAGCCAAGACCAAGACCUGUUCCCCCGACUCCAGACAGCUCGGGAGCGGCCAGUCCGGCUCCACACUCUGUUCCCUCGGGGCAAGAGCUAACUGAGCUGUUAACUUUGCCGGAUCAAGCAUCGCAGAUUGUGACAAAGCUGAUUGAGGCCUUGGAGAAGCAAGGUGCAGAAAAUGAAAGCCUUUAUAGGCCUCCCUCUGGCUCACCCAGUGGCUUGGAGAUCAAGGAAGCUCUCGAAAUUGAUAUGGCAGCUGUUGAUAUCGAUCAAUAUGACAUCCACACCAUUGCUGAUGCACUGAAGCAUUACUUACGAGGGCUGCCUUCACCUGUGAUUCCUCCAGCUAUUUACAAUGAGCUAGUCUACACUGCCCAAGAAACCCAGAACCUUGAUGAGUGCGUUCAUCAAAUCAGAAGGAUUGUGGAAUCUCCCAGCAUGCCUCUGCCACACUGCCUUAUUCUGCAGAGCCUGGUGAAGCACUUCUGUAAGGUGUGUCAAUAUGAAGGCACAAAUCACCUCACACCACGGCUCCUGGGCGAGAUCUUCAGUGAUGUCUUAUUCAGUCAUUCACUAUUAAGUGCUGAUGUGAAUCCAGAGCACCACAUUAAGAUCGUUGAGGCACUUAUCAUGACUGGAGGUUUGGCUGAAGUGCAAGUAGCACCAGCUCUUCCUCCAAAGCCACCUAAACCCAUGAUGUCAUUAUCUGCCAAUGGAAUCAAAGAUAGUGGAAGCAUAUCUCUACAAGAUGCUGAAUGGUACUGGGGGGACAUAUCUAGGGAAGAAGUGAAUGACAAGUUGCGUGACAUGCCAGAUGGUACAUUCCUAGUGCGGGAUGCUUCUACCAAGAUGCAGGGAGACUAUACUUUGACCCUCAGGAAAGGAGGCAAUAACAAGCUAAUCAAAAUAUACCAUCGAGAUGGAAAAUAUGGUUUCUCUGACCCACUCACUUUUAACUCUGUUGUGGAACUUAUUAACCAUUACAGACAUGAGUCCCUUGCCCAGUACAACCCAAAGCUAGAUGUUAAGUUAAUGUAUCCAAUAUCUAAGUUCCAGCAGGAUCAGGUGGUGAAAGAAGAUAAUAUUGAUGCUGUUGGUAAAAAACUGCAGGAAUACCAUAACCAAUAUCAGGAUAAGAGUAAAGAAUAUGACCGGCUUUAUGAAGAAUACACAAGGACGUCACAGGAAAUACAAAUGAAGAGAACUGCAAUUGAAGCCUUUAAUGAAACAAUACAAAUAUUUGAAGAACAGUGUCACACUCAAGAGCGCUACAGUAAAGAAUAUAUUGAAAGAUUUCGCAGGGAAGGCAAUGAGAAGGAAAUUGAACGGAUAAUGAUGAAUUAUGAAAAACUCAAAUCUCGUCUUGGGGAGAUCCAUGACAGCAAGAUGCGCUUGGAACAGGAUCUGAAGAAACAAGCGUCUGAUAACAGAGAGAUUGACAAGAAAAUGAACAGCAUCAAGCCAGACCUUAUUCAGCUGCGAAAGAUCAGGGAUCAGUACCUUGUAUGGCUCAAUCACAAAGGAGUACGUCAAAAACGAAUAAAUGACUGGCUAGGAAUCAAAAAUGAAAAUACAGACGACACAUAUUUCAUGACUGAAGAAGAUGAAAAUCUUUCUCACUAUGAUGAAAAGACCUGGUUUGUAGGAGCUAUUAAUCGAACACAAGCUGAAGAUUUACUUCGAGGAAAAUCAGAUGGUGCCUUCCUAAUCAGAGAAAGCAGUAAAAAAGGCUGUUACGCUUGUUCUGUGGUUGCCGAUGGAGAAGUGAAACACUGCGUGAUUUAUAGCACGCCGAGGGGUUAUGGAUUUGCCGAACCAUACAACUUGUACAGCACUCUUAAAGACCUGGUGUUGCAUUAUCAACAAACUUCACUGGUCCAGCACAAUGACUCUCUGAAUGUGAGACUGGCUUACCCUGUUUAUAGUCAGAUGCCCUCUCUGCGCAGAUGAAUGUUCAAGAGUUGGCUGUGAAAAAUUACAGAAUACUGAAGGCAUUGUACUUGGCUGCUUUUGCACAGUGAGUACAGAAUGUGAAUCAGGACAGUGGUGUACUCAAGAGUUCAGGUGACCUGGUGCUACCUAAACUCCAACUGUGACAUUCUGUUUUCUGCUUUUAUUUCAAUCAGAGAGAAACACAAAAAAACUGGAAAUGUAUCUAACUUUCUUUCUUUUUGGUUUUUGUUUUGGUGUCAUACGUGUGGGGCUGAAACCUUAGUCCAAACAAUCUGGUGCUGAUGGCUCUGGGCUAUUCAUCUUGAGAGUUUAAAAUUCUCCAACUUUCAGAUGUUCUCUUUUUCAUGGAACAGCCAAGAAGAACUCUGUUAGUCUUAACUUCAAAUCUCUGCAACAUCUAGUGAAGCUCUUACAAGAGACCCAGUGUAUGAAGAAGACUUCUAUACAUUUUAGUUUAGUCAACAUAUUCUUCUUGAACUAGACUCGACCAGAUUAACUGAUUUCUUUCACUCGUUGGAUGACGCUGAACUUGGUGUGAAAGAAGACCAAAGGCAUUCAGGAGAGCUUCUGACGAAAGUUAAAUCUCGUGAAAUUUGAAUUAAAAGUUGCACAAAGGGUCGCUUUUCAAUGUACUGGAGUACAAGUAAAAAAGAAAUACAAAUAAAGAACAUUUUAUGGCUUCUGUGACUAGAACUCUUCACAAAAAAUAUAUAACCAAAAUGAAAAGACCAGGGCAUCUUUUGAUGUUGGUUUUAGCACUUAAUAUUCAGUCAGAUGUCUGCAGCCGCACAUAUUUGCACCAAAAUGUUAGUGGUUUUAAAGAAUAAAAACACUAAUGCAUAAUGUUAUUAACAUAACUUUAAAACUUAGCAGUUUUUUCUUUGACUAGUCAUGCAUAACCAAGAAAGUAAGCUUCAAGUCGUGGCUGCAAGGAGGCAAGUACUUUAAAGGUGAAUAGAAAGACUAAAGAGAGAAAUGGGCAAGGCUUGAAACAAUACUUUUGUUUCAUAUCUCAAGAAUAGAAAUUUGCAAUGCUUCUGGAUGGCAAAGAAAGAUCCUGUUUAAAGGGGUUUUUUUAAAUGAGUGGUUGUGCGAGUACAAGAUUGGUGGAUAGUUACUAUUCCAGUUAAAAAAACACAAGCUGAAUUGGAUGCUUUUCAUAUUUAUGGAAUCAGAUUUGUGCAUUGUGGCUGGAAAUAUACACCAGUAAUUUUUGAGGAAUUGGGCUUUGUAGAUUGUGAACAGUUUAAUUUUAAAUGAAGCAGAAGACUACUUGUUCGCUGAGCAUGCUCCCUGAGAUGCCAUUUUGAAAGUCAGGAAACGGGGCCCCAUGAUGCACUGGGCAUUUUGUUUAGAUAUGUGCAAUUCAAAUAAAAAGCAUAUUACAAAUCUUUUUCCAAAAUAAUAAAAAAGAUGGCAGCUAAAUUUCUGCAAUAAUUGUCUUUCUUGAAACUAAUAUUUGCUUUAAAUACUUUUUUAGGAACUGGAUCAGCAGUUUCCUAUACUUACAAGUAUUUUUUUGCCUUUUCCUAUCUCCUGCCAAACUUUGAGAACCAGCACCAGUUGGUUUUUCUUUACAACACUAAAUACUCUCUCCACUUUUUUCUUUUCCCUGUUUUAAUCCCCUGAGCCAUUGCUACAUUAUGCACCAAUGCUGACAUAGUUUGGUUACUUUUUGUUAUGUCUGAAAAGCAAUGGGCUCUCAAUGAAAAAUGUAAUUGCUGAAAUUUGCCUCAGCAUUUUGAGAGAGCCAUGGUUCUCUGCAUUUCUGAUUCUUUUCCCAGAUAAUUUACAAUAUACAAAACAUAUUAAAUGGUUAGGAUUUCUUUUUUUCUAGCCACCCAGAUGCAAUUGAUUUGCAUUUGUAGUGUUUUUUUCUUGUCAUUGCAGACACCUGAUGCACUAUAUAUCAAUUUAUAUUAACAGUGAAGCUGAAUAGAAUGUGCAUCCAUAGGUCUUGAGGGCAAAUGGCACUAAAUGAAACAUUGCCAUUUUAUUUUGCAAGAGUCCUUGUUUUACUGCAGGUAUUAGCAGAAAUGGAGCGUUUUAACUCUUCACUGUGCACAAGCUGGUGCUUAUCCAGCAUUUAUCAAAGGUGCGUCUGUAACUUUAACUGUUGCCCACUUACUUAAAAAAUCGUUUUUGGUACUUGAGCAAUCAUAUUUCUGUUGAAUUUAUUUCGUACUGGUAGUGUAAGUUGGACCUUGGAAUAGAGUUGAACAUAUUUCUUGGAUUCAUGGAAGGGGGUGGGGAUGGCAUUAGCGGUAGUGGAUGAUUGUUGAUAAGUACUUCUGAAAGAGGUUUAAAUGGCAGAUGAGAUGCACUUGGAAACUAAAGUGUAUCUGCCAAUAUUCAGAUUUUUUUAAAGUGGAAGCCUGUAUUUUACUCUUUUCGGAUAAAAUCUGUUUUAACACUAAAUCUGGGUAAUUUGGUCAAAUUAUUAAGUGUUGAAGAUCAAAAAGUCCUUUUGGGAAGUUGCAAGAAUGUUAAUUCAUCGUGUUGUUGUUAUGGAUGCCAUUGUACAAUUUUGUUUAUUCCUUGCCAUGCCCUGUGUCUUGGAAGUACAUAACAAUAGUUUUUUUCUUUGUGGUUAUAAGCAUUAAUAGGAAUAAUAUACAACCCGCACUAGUUCUGCUAGUGAAAUGUUAUGCUUUGAGGUUGUGGAUUUGCCGCAGUUGGCAUUUCAUGGCUGCAGAGCUAAAUCCUCACAGUAGAAUAGCAUUCCCACUGGAUGCUUGUGAGAAGGAAAUGAAAUUAAAACGGAGAACAAUCUUGCAUCUCAUCAACUAGGCUUGGUGUUUGUUGAUGCUGCCAUUAUUCUCCAGGCUGUCCAGCUCAUUCAGUGAACAAAGACAAUGAUUGAAAAUGACACCUGAAUGAAGAAAGCAGGAAAUUUUCCAAAAUGCAGGUGUUAAUGUGAGUCGGUUGUUUCGUUAGUGAUGGAAAUGAGGAGAAAUGUCUUGUACAUUUUACAAUGCCAUUUUACAAAUCAUGCCAACAAAAUAACAUGUAAACUGAUCUGAGCACAGAUGCAAUGUGUUCAGUUCAAUUAAGAUAAAUUCUGAAGUGCUGAAUGAAGAUUCAAAUUACAAUAUUUAAUCUGAUUUUUCAGAUGAAUGUUUCAAUUUAUCACUGAAAUAAAGUUUCAUGUACUUGUGUAGCAACCAGCAAUUAAAACUAAAUUUGAAACAA